AAACCAGUUUCUUGAUCAGUAGCCAUUGAUAUGAUGAAUGAUUCAUGAUGCUCCGCCAUAUAACUCAGACUGAAGCUUGAUAUGUUUGCAGAGAGUUGAAUGAUACUAUGUGGGGACUGAAUCCCUAUCAUUCGUACAUCUGCAGUAACAGCUAGCAGUACUAUGUAUCGGUUGUUUUUGGCUUUUAUAUAUUGUUUUACACCUCCAUUAAUUUUCCCUUUUUCUGGUUUUCUUGCCUUUUAAGCACCCCUUAAACCCACCCUCUUCAAAAACUAGUAUUUCUUUCUAGCCUUCUCCCCUUCACAAUCUCUCUCCCACUCUCCUUUCUUCCUGCCUUCCUUCCUUCCCUCUCUCUCCAUAUAUCUCUCUCUAGCUACAUCUGCAGAUAGCAUGCCUGAAUGUCCAGAGAAAGGGAGAGAUUUGAUGAGAUAGGGAAGAAGAUCAAGAGAGACAUCGAUGCAUCAUAUCAAUUGGGAAGGAGACAUAUGUUAGGGCUUCCUGGAACCCUAAACACCAUCACUCCUUGUGCUGCGUGUAAGCUAUUACGCCGUAGAUGUGCUCAAGAAUGCCCGUUUUCACCUUAUUUUUCCCCUCAUGAACCUCAAAAGUUUGCUUCUGUUCACAAAGUUUUCGGUGCCAGCAAUGUCUCCAAGUUGCUCAUGGAAGUACCGGAAAAUCAAAGAGCCGAUGCAGCCAAUAGUCUUGUUUACGAAGCAAAUGUAAGGCUAAGAGAUCCGGUUUACGGAUGCAUGGGUGCCAUUUCUGCUUUACAACAUCAAGUACAAUCUCUACAAGCUGAAUUGAAUGCAGUAAGAGCUGAGAUUCUAAGAUACAAGUAUACUGAAACCCACCAUGAUCAUCAUAUUAUUCCUUCUCAUCAUUUAGCUUUGUUUUCUACUGGCGCUGUCCCUGUAACAACUCCACCACCUCCGCCGCCUCCACCAUCACCUCUACCACCGCCGCCUCCUCCUCCACCUCCUCCUGCUUCCUCCUCUUCUUCCAUGUACACCCCACCAUCCACCACCACAGAUUACAGCACCAUCACCAACGAUAAUGUCUCCUAUUUCGGUUAAUAGAUUUAAUUUUUUAUGUUUUUUUUUUUUUUUUUUCAAUUUAAUAUAUGAUUGACGACAAAUAAGACUAGAUUCUACUCCAUUAGUGAAAAACUGGUGAGACGAUGUUGAGUAUAUUUAAUUAUCAAAUAUUUAUGACAGAUUAAUCCAUCUGUAUCAUCUUUA